UUUGCAUUUGGUAUAGUGGAAGCGUGCGGAGCAUUUUUAUCCUCAGUACCUGGGUUCGAUUCCUGUCCAUGUCCUUGGGAGUCAUAUUUUUCUUCUUUUAUAAAAAAAGAGCAUGGAGCAAAAAUGAACUGUCUUCCCCAAUUCUCUGUUUCAAAUUUUUAAUUUCGAACCCUAACUUCUGUUCGCCGUUCCACCGAAGUUCGACCACACUCCACAACGGCAGGCCCGACAGGUAAUUGUCAGAGAGUGCGAGGACGAGAACUGGGAAGGGAUCAUAAGGAGAAUUUGGCCCAAUGCCAGGUAUCACCAGCGCAAUGGCUCAGUACAUCCACACUCUUGAUUAUUACAGUGGCGGCUUGCCAAAGGCGUCCGUCAUGUACGCAUCGUUAGAAUGCUACUUCGGCCUCAACCUCAACACCAUGUGUCCGCCUUCCGAGGUUUCCUACACCAUCAUGCCCAAUAUGGGGUAUUUCGAGUUCCUUCCUAGCCCUGUCCUCACAGGACCAGGUGGUGACCUGGUGGACCUGGCAGACGUGGAAAUGGGGAAGGAAUACGAGCUCGUGAUCACCACUUACGCCGGGAUGUGUCGCUACCGGGUGGGAGACAUCCUCCUGGUCACCGGCUUCCACAACUCCGCGCCAACAUUCAAAUUCGUGCGUGGAAAGAACGUGCUCCUGAGCAUCGACUCCGACAAGACCGACGAAGCAGAGCUGCAGAAUGCCGUUAAAAAGCCGCGGCUCUCUUGCACGGUCACGACUCACGGGGUGAGGCUCGUGGAGUACAUGAGCUUCACCGAGACAAAGACCAUCCCAAGUCACUACAUGAUUUACUGGGAACUCUUGAGCAUAGCUCCUAAUCCCUGCAACGAUCACGUCCUAGGAGAUCUCGACGAUGUUCUGAGCAAGUGUUGCGUGGCCAUGGAAGAGUCGAUGAACACCGUAUAUAGACAGUGUAGGGUUGCAGAUAAGUCGAUCGAGGCACUCGAAAUAAGGGUUGUAAAAGCCGGGACAUUUGAAGAGGUGAUGGACUUGGCCAUUGCAAAGGGAGCUUCCAUUAACCAAUACAAAGCUCCGAGGUGCGUAAAUAGCACCCCCAUGGUUGAGCUUCUCGAGUCCAGGGUGGUGUCGACCCAUUUCAGCCCAUCUCCCCCACAUUGGACCCCGGAGCAUCGGAUUUGAACCACAACCUCUCGGAAGCCAACUAUAUACUCCCUCCGUCCCUAAAAGGUCGCCACAAUUUGAUUUUCAACAUUUGACAUAUAAUCAAAUAAAAUAUAUUAUAUAUUAAUUAGAUAAAAUAAUAUUUUAAAAAUAUUUGAUAUAAUAAAUCUAAUAAAAUUUAUUUUAUACCAAUAUCUAAUAUCAUUUUUAUUUAAUUUGAGGUCAAAGUUUACCAAUUUUGACUGAAAAAAUUAAAACUGGAUAAAUAG